CCUUCUUCUUCUAUAAAACAACUAUCACACUCAUACCUGUUUCUUAACUUUGUUCUUUUCCACCACGCCCAGGAUCUCUCAUUCUUAACCCCAACAAAGAAAGAAAAAUGCUUCUCAGAAGCGCUUCCUCACCAAUCUUAAAAUCAUCUACUAGUAGGAGUAUUUUCCAACCGUUUCCGGAAUCGGAUGAGGUUCUCCGGAUCUCAACUUCUCGAUCCCUGUCCAUGUGUCUCUCGUCCAGUUCUUCAUCUUCUCCUAUCGACAAGAACCGGGCGAUGAAGAUAUCUAGAACGAUGCCGGACAGCAAUCUAAGGCCCAGGAGCCUUUCUCUAGCGAAGAAGACAAAGAUUAACCUCUGUGCGGGACUUUGUUCGGGAACGGCGUCGUCGAGGAGUUCGGUUGGGUUGGAUAAAGGGUGUCUUUUUGGUUGUGGUGGUACUGUUGGGCGUGGCGGUAGUGGAGAUGGCAACGAAGGUAAUGGGCAUUGGGAUAAUGGGAGUGACAAGAUGGAUGAGUAUUACCAGAAAAUGAUCAUGGCGUACCCUGGCGACGCUCUUCUUCUCGGAAACUAUGCCAGUUUCUUAAAAGAGGUGCGAGAUGAUUUUGUGAAAGCAGGAGAGUACUGUGAAAAAGCAAUUUUGGCUGACCCCGGUUAUGAGAAUGUUCUGUGUCUCUACGGGGACUUGAUAUGGCAUAAACACAAGGAUGCUCCUCGUGCUCAGUCCUACUUUGAUAGAGCCAUUCACUCUUCCCCUAAUGACUGUUACGUUCUUGGUUCCUACGCUAAAUAUCUUUGGGACGCUAAUGAAGAUGAUGGUUCGCAGGCAGUACCCUAGAAUCUACAUCCCAGAUUAAUGUUUCCCGAGGGUGUUCUCCCAGACCAAUGUCUAAUAUGAAGGUUGCAUCUUUUCCAGCCUUAUUUUCUCUUCAUUUUUUUAAGGAUCUCUCUUGCCCGAAUUUUGUUCAAUACAUUGGUUGAGUGCUUUUGGACCUUUUGUUAUAAUAAGCAGGAAAUUGCUUGUCCUGUUAACGGAUCCAUCUCUAAAUAUCCCUACCAUCUUUGUGAUGGCUAUCACACUCUUCCUUGGUGCUACAGAUAUUCUCAAACUCAGAUUUGUCCUCGUCCUAUGAUGAUAUGCCUUGUCUCAUCCUAAUCCUUGCCAUUGCAUUUGAUAUUCUUGCCUUCCAAUGUUGCCUCUAUUGCUUGGUUGCGUCUUUCUUGUAUACACCCUUUAAUAGUCGAUAUCCUCUUCCUUACUCAAGUGUUGACAAAGAUUCUGACUUUUCAUGCGAUCGCGUUGCAUUCACUCUCAGCAUGUACUUGAUAUUUGUCGUCAUGCACAUGGGAGUAGAAAAUGGGAUUCAGCUUGGGUAGACGUGUCCCUAUCCCAACGGCCCAAUCUUCAAGCCAAACCCAAAAACACAAAAAAGUCACAGAGAGGUGCCCUCGCGCAAACCUCCGCCUAAGCCCCGCCGGUAGCACUAUUGGAGAUCCUUUACUCGCACAGAGU